CUACGGUCUUGUGCGGUCGCGCGUUUCUUUGUGCCGUUUGUUGAAAGUGAAAGCAAUAAUCAAAAUGAAACUGUUCCUAGUGAGUGCAUUUUUCUUCCUGGCCAGCUUCCAAGCUGCUCGUGCCCUGCGUUGUAUGCAGGGCGUCGAAAUCGUGCUUCCAUCGGAUGAGACCACGGACAAGGACAAGGAAAAAAUGCCAGAAUUCACCGAGUGCGGUUUCGGAAGUGCCGGCAUCUCAGCGGCUUCGCUGCUGGCCCUGAAACCGAAUACUGCGACGCUCCCGUCGAAAGACUACAAGUGCUACCAUCUGCGAAUUGAGGAAUCCGAGUCCAAGAAGGCAACCAUCGUGAAGGGUUGCAUUUACGCGGCGCAGAAUGUGUGUGACGGCAAGUUCAAGGCAGACACCGUUCGUGAGGUGUUCUGCAGCCAGUGCGACCAGGACGAGUGCAAUUCGGCCCUGCGCUUCGCUUUCAACUGGAAGAUACUUAGCCUUACCCUCUUCACCAUUGUGUGCUUCUUCAUGAAGUAAUCUC